GUCAUUGGAUCAUCAUUGUGCGCAGUCCGUGUGUAGCAUGCAGCAUGUCAAACCCUCACUUGACUGCGUUUUGCUUAUAAUUAACUAUAAUGAAUAGCUUUACUUUGCGUGUGGUUUGAUUAAUUGUGAGUUUGUCAAAAACAUUUAGACAUGUUUACAUCCGUCGCCGGUUCUUGUGUGCGACACGGGAGGAGGUUGUCGUUCCCUGUUGUCAAGUUGUCGUUGUACCCGGCGACGGGCCUGAACGUGAGGGGGCUUCAGCAUGGAUCACAACAGCGGUCACCCAGGCUCCUCAAAUCGGCUCUCUGGCGCUUGUCGGAAGGGGCAGCGGCCAGGUGUGUGUCCCUAUCAGCCGCCUCGCAGCGGGAGAGGGAACCUCGGUGCUCUUCAACCUCAGACCCAGAGGACACGGAGAGAUUCGGAUCUCUGUCCAGCGACAUGUCCUCCAGGAGGUCGUACAGAAAAAGCAGCCCAGACAUCCAGGAUCUGCGACACCGAGAUGGAGAAGAGGAGCAGGAGGAGGAGGAGGAAGAGAAGUCGUGGAGAGCUCCCAUGAGGAGAAACACGCCGUACUGGUACUUCUUACAGUGCAAGAAGCUGAUCAGAGACAACAAGCUGCAGGAGGCGUUGGAUUUGUUCAGCAGAGACAUGCUGCAUGUUGACAGGCUCCAGCCAGCGGAAUAUAACUACACUGUCCUGAUAGGAGGCUGUGGACGAGCUGGACAGAUGAAAAGGGCCUUCAGACUCUAUAAUGAUAUGAAAAAGCGAGGUCUCAAUGCUGUCGAUGCCACUUAUACUGCACUGUUCAAUGCCUGUGCCGAGUCUCCUUCGAAACAAGCCGGUCUUCAGCAAGCUUUGAAGUUAGAGCAAGAACUGCGCCGCAAAAACUAUCAACUCAGCACCAUCACAUACCACGCGCUUCUCAAGACGCACGCCAUCACCAACCAUCUUCAGGCCUGUAUUCACAUCCUGAGGGAGAUGAUGCAGAAUGGUCAUGCUGUCACUCAAGAGACUUUCCACUAUCUGCUGAUGGGCUGCUUUAUGGACAAAGAUGCAGGAUUUAGACUUGCUCUACAGAUUUGGCGCCAGAUGCUGAAGUCGGGGAUUCGUCCAGACUCGCAGAACUAUAACCUCCUCUUAAGAGCUGCAAGGGAUUGUGGGAUUGGUGAUGUUACCCUGGCUUCUGAUAUUCUGCUUAGUCCUGAGUGGGGGAGCCAGAAGGGAAAAAAACAUGUGUCUGUCAGUAAGUCAAAGUCCAGACGUGAGGAUGUAAUAGACGUUGACCUUCUGGAGAAGCAGUUGUUUCUCCUGCCUGCUUCAUGCAGAGAUGGUGUGGAGUCAGUCAGUAGGCAAAAAUCCACCCAGCUUAUUCCAGUCAGACAAAAAGAAAACAUCUCACUGCCUGCUGACUCCAUGAACUCCUCUGCCCCUAAUCUGCUGGACUCUUUUGAAGGGACAAAGGGGGCAGUGGUCUCCCUCGGCACAGUGGGUGGAGCAUCUGAUAGGCUUGCUCUGAUUGGAGGACCUGCAGGGUUUUUAGAGAAGAUGGCAGCUAAUGGACUCAGUCCAGACCUCAGAACUCUGACCAUGUUGGCUGACAUAAUCAAUCCAAGCUACGAGUCUCUGCAGAUGCUGCUGAAGGUCGCUAAGCAGCAUCAGGUGAAGCUGGAUGUUGCAUUUUUUAACUCUGUGAUUCGCAGAGCAUCCAAAGCUGGUGACCUUCAGGCUGCAAAGAGUGUGUUGAGGGUGAUGCAACAGCGUAACGUAAGCAUGGAUGUAAAGACGUUUGGUUGCCUGGCUUUAGGCUGUGAGAGUCAGAAGGACGGUCUUCAGCUGCUCAAGGACAUGGAGGAGGCAGGACUUAGACCGAACGUCCAGGUGUUCUCUGCUUUAAUUGGCCGAGCAACUCGCAGACUGGAUUAUGUCUACCUUAAAACAAUUCUGAAAAGUAUGAGCAACAUGGAGGUGUGGCCUAACAAGGUCAUCAUCAAGCAGCUGGAGUUUGCUGCUCAGUAUCCUCCCAACUACGACCAGUACAAGUCCAGAAACAACUACUUGGUGCACAUUGAUGGUUUCCGUGGUUUCUACCAGCAGUGGCUCAGAUUCAUGCCUGCUCAGGAUGCUGAGGAUGAAAAUGCGGAGCUGCAAACUGAAACAGAUGCUGCACAGCUGAAAACAGAAUGUGAAGAUGGGCUGACAGAGGCUCUGAGGAACCAGAGAGCAGCAGCAAGGAGAUAUAAUUCUCAUAAACAAAACAAAACAAGCAGUGCUGCUCUGUAAUAGAAUAUUUCUGAAUUCUCUGCCUGGUCCCCUGUUUGCGUCCAGCUCUGCCUACAGGACUUUGUGUCAAAGAAGAACCUUUAAUCUAUAAAUCCUGUGCAUUUGUAUUACACAGAAGAUCAAAAAGAUUGUUUAUAUUGCAAUAAAUGUCAAGUUUUUGUUUUA